CAAACACAAAACCAGAACACGACAGGCAAAGGAGCCGUUUCAAAAUAAAUCCUGCCUACUACUACUACUAAUAGUGUUUACUUUAGUAAGAUUUAACCUCCACAAGCUUGUAGCGUCUACUAUUUCAGAUCAUGUAGGGCAAAGCAAGGUAAUCUUUGAGAGCCAAGAUGAAUAAAAAAGAUCUGCAAGAUGUUUCACAACUGAGAGAAUGGGCCUUUAAACCAAAAGAUAUAACUUUUGGAACGCUCAAAAGUCUUGAAAGAGUUCGUAUUGGUCAGCUGUCGAGCCAUCGCUACACAUCUCGCAUUAACACUUGUCUUGCAGCUAGUCAUGUCCUAUCAGAUGUGACUCUGUAUCAAAAAGAACAGAUUGCUUCUACAUUUGUGACUUAUGCAGAUUUAGAAGUUGUAGAUUACCAGUAUAUGCUUUGUGGUCUGAAUGAUGGGGGAAUAGCCAUUUAUGAUGUGUCCUCCAUCCAAAAAGGUCGUAUAUACUCUGAAGUUGGUCUUGUAAAAGGAGGUCAUCGUGGAGGACAUAAGCACGCAGUGGAGUGUGUUCAGUGGUAUCCUGCCGAUACUGGUCUAUUUGCAACAUGUAGUCAGGAUAAGUGUAUCAAAAUAUGGGAUCCAAAUCGUAUGCGACCAGUUGAUCAGUUUAAAUUUGGAUGCAAUGUAUUGCAUCAUCAUAUGUCUCCAGUAGCUACUAAGCAUUCCUUGCUCUCAGCUUCAGGGGAAACUGGAGAGAUUAUACUCUGUGAUCUACGGACUGGUUCAUCUACUCAUAGAAUUGUAGCACAUGCCGAACGUGUGCAGCUUACUCAGUGGUCUCCAAGAAAUCAGCAUAUACUAGUGUCAGGCGGUAAAGAUCAGGCAGUGAAGAUGUGGGAUGUUCGAUCAGCAAAGGCAUGUUUAAUGGCCUUGGACAUGCAAGAUAAUUCUGUGUUAGAAAAGAAACACGCAAAGAAAAGACUGAAAAAGACACCAGUUGCCCACAGAAGUCGUAUUACAUCACUAUGUUUUACCUCUGAUGGUUUAUGGCUUUUGACGUUUAGUUAUGAUGGUGAUUUGAAGUUGUGGAACUCAAGCACUGGAGAAAACAUGAAUGUGUUUUAUGGUGAGACUUAUACUGAUUUAAAACGUACUAUGCGAAUUGCAGUUUCUUCUUAUACAUAUCCUGAUUUGGUAUUUGUGCCUAGUAAAUCUAGAAUUGUUACAUAUAAUGUCCUAUCUGGAGACUUGGUUAAUGUUUUGGAAGGACAUUUUUCUACUGUGUAUGGAGUUUUGUUUAACCCAGUGUCUAUGAAUGUAUAUUCUUACAGUGGUGACAGGAACUUUAUUACUUGGACUCCCAACCAGUUAUUUAAUAAUGACUUGAGUGAUGAAGAGGAAGAGGAGCUGCCUACUGUUAACCAGCAGCAGCAAACUACAAGAACAAGAGUGACUCAGGAUACAUGGAGUAGUGAUGAAGAUUGAUUUAAUUAGCAUUUACACAAUUUCCUCCUCUUUGCCACUUUAUUUUCCAUGAAUGUAUGAAUUACAGAGCUACAAUACAUUUGGGAUGAGA